UAACAAAAUUCCUUCACCCAGUAACAAAAAUAAAUAAAUUCCCAAUACCUCAUAGCUGCAUUUUGGGCAUUUUAAAUCAAAGUUGGAGCAGUGAAAGCAAACGUGUUUUUAAAUUCAACAAAAUUCUAUGCAAUUAUGGAUGCGAUCGAUAAGACAGAGGUGAAGCAAUCUAUUUCUGAAACAAGCGGUGCGACAGAGCUGGGGGACAAAGCGGAGGAGAAACCGGAGUCGCCGACCACAUCGCAAACGGAGAUCAAGGAGCAGCCUGUCGUGUAUGACUACAUGAAGUAUCCCAACAAGAAGAAGGGACGAGUUCUGCACAAUCAUCACCACAAUCGACUCAAGAUGAGGAAGAACGUCUCCUUCAAGUGUAUCGUAGAGCUGGUGACCUAUACGGACGAUUGGAAAAUGCAGACAACCCAAAGCAAACUGCGCACUGAGGAUCAGCAGAGAGAAAGAUCCAAAAAUCUGAGACGCAACUUUUGAUAAUCGAUUGAUUUGAAUUGCACAUCAUUUUUAAAUGUAUUUUGUGAAUUUUAUGUAAUUAAAA